AUGGGAGCAAGCUUCAGCGAUAGGGGGAGCAUCUGGAGCAGGCGGCCUACCUGUAGCCCACUCAAAACAACCUUGAGGCGAAGCACGACUCUCUUGUUUCCCCUUGGCACCUUUUUUCUUUUUUUCCCUCCCCCCUACGACCCGUACUUUAUUCCGGACACCCUCCUCAAGCCCUGGUGCACGUAA